AUGACCGACCUCUAUCUGGGCGCGGACCGCGCCACCGAGUCCGAGGCGGCUGCGGUCGACGCGGCGCUGCGCGCCCGGGGAGUGGACCCGGUCGUGCGUGCCGAGACCGAGCGGCUCUAUACCUCCGGCCGGGCUCGGCGCCGGGAGCGCCGCCACUACCUGCUGCCCGCGCUGCACGCCCUGCAGAACGCGGCCGGCUGGAUCAGCCCCGGAGGCAUCAACUACAUCGCGGGCUACGACGGCCUGGCCUCCUCGGUCAGGGCCGAGGGCGGCCAUGUGCACCUGGGGCCGUGCCUGGGCCAGUGCGAGCGGGCUCCGGCGCUGUUCGUGCAGGGGGCCGGCGGCCGCCCCGACUAUGUGCCCGCCGACGCCGAGCCCUUCGAGCUGCCCCAGGCCGGCGACCCGUCGCUGCGUCUGCUGCGCCGCAUCGGCACAGCCGACCCCGAGUCGCUGGAGUCCUACAUCGCCCACGGCGGCUACGAGGCGCUGCGACGGGCCGGGCAGAUGGGAGCGGAGGCGGUUCUGGAGGCGGUGGCCGCCUCGGGGCUGUCGGGGCGGGGCGGAGCCGCCUUCCCGACCGGAGUGAAGUGGCGCGCCGUGGCCGCCGAAACCGGACGGCCCAAGCAUGUGGUGGCCAACUGCGACGAGUCCGAGCCGGGCACGUUCAAGGACCGCAUCGUGAUGGAGCAAGACCCGUUCGCGGGCGCCAUCGAGCGGCUGCGAACCGCGGGCCUGCUCGGCCCGGACGCGGCCGGCACCGGCCACGACUUCGACAUCGCCAUCUGGCGGGGGGCGGGCGCCUACAUCUGCGGCGAGGAGACCGCCCUGUUCAACUCGCUGGAGGGAUUCCGCGGCGAGCCCCGCAACAAGCCCCCGUUCCCCACCACCCACGGCUCUGUCGGCGAGCCGACCGCCAUCAACAACCCCGAGACCCUGCUGAACGUCCUCGACGUCAUCAUCGAGGGUCCCGACGCGUACCGCAGCCGGGGAACCGAGCGCUCGCCGGGCACCAAGCUGCUGUGCCUGUCGGGGAACGUGCGGCGAUCCGGCCUCUACGAGGUGCCGUUCGGCACCACGCUCGGAGAUCUGCUGGCGCUGGCCGGGGGCAUCACCGGCACCGGCGAACUGCAGGCGGUGCUGAUGGGCGGGGCGGCCGGGUCGUUCGUGGGCCCUGACUCGCUGGGCCUUCCGCUGACCCUGGAGGACACCCGGGCCGCGGGCACCACCCUCGGCUCGGGCGUGGUGAUGGCCUUCGACACGUCGGUGGACAUGACCGACGUGGUGGUGCGCAUCGCCGAGUUCUUCCGCAACGAGUCGUGCGGGCAGUGCGUGCCGUGCCGGGUCGGCGCAGUCCGCCAGCACGAGACGCUGGUGCAGAUGCAGAAGCGGGGCUCGCUGUCGCCGGCCCCGCGGCCCUCAUCGACGACAUGGCCGAGGUGA